GGUUGGUCCUUUCCUUCUUCCGAUAGUAUUGGCCGGAGAAAUCGCGUCGCAAGAAUGUCAAAAAUUAUCCUUCUAAAACCGUCGCAUGGAUUCCAAGUCCUGAGCCGCGGCAGGAAGUUCUCUACUCUCUUUCUCCAACCCCCCUCUCUUCCCGCCCUUCACAUUUCCUCUCUUCCCACCCUACUCCCCGCCACUCCUCGCACCGCCCUUCGCGCUCCCAACUCCGAUCGUCGCCUCCUCUUCCCAGUCCGCGCGAUCGAGUCAUCUCCGACCAAGGAAGGCGAGGAUGAGAAGGUGCUCAGCGAGAAUGGGGUUGAGGAUGGAGCUCCUUCUUCUCCUCUUCUUCCGUCUUCUCCUUCUUCUGAUUCAGUAAAUGAAAUGGCCGGCAAGGCGGGGGAGUACCCUACGGGGGAAUUCGAGAUGGUGGAGUUCGGUUGGUGGAUGAAGGCCAUGGUGAAGUUGCGGAUGGUGUUUGCUCUUCCAUGGGAACGGGUGAAGAAGGGCAGUGUGCUCUCAAUAAAGCUCCGCGGUCGGAUAACGGAUCAACUUAGCAGCCGCUUUUCCUCUGGUUUGUCCUUGCCUCAAAUUUGUGAAAAUUUAGUAAAAGCAGCAUAUGAUCCUCGCAUUUCUGGUAUAUAUCUCCAUAUAGAACCACUUAGUUGUGGUUGGGGCAAAAUAGAUGAAAUACGAAGGCACAUACUAAACUUCAAGAAGUCAGGUAAGUUCACGGUAAGCUACAUUCCAAUUUGUGGAGAGAAAGAAUAUUAUCUUGCUUGUGCAUGUGGAGAGGUGUACACGCCACCUAGUGCUUAUGUCGCAUUGUAUGGUUUGACUGUGCAAGCUUCAUUCCUUGGCGGUGUUCUUGAAAAAGUUGGAGUUGAGCCACAGAUUCAGCGAAUUGGCAAAUAUAAAAGUGCUGGGGAUCAGUUGGCACGAAAAAGCAUGUCAAAAGAAAAUUGUGAGAUGCUGACAUCACUGCUUGAUGAUAUCUAUGGAAAUUGGCUAGAAAUAAUUUCAUCAACUCAAGGAAAGACUAAGGAGGAGGUUGAGGAAUUUAUCAAUUCAGGAGUUUAUCAAGUUGAAAGGCUAAAAGAAAAUGGAUGGAUAACAAAUACUCUAUAUGAUGAUGAGGUUAUGUCAAUGCUGAAGGACAGAUUGGAGCAAAAGAAGAGGAAAAAUCUUCUUAUGGUUGAUUAUGGAAAGUAUUCUAGAGUUAGAAAAUGGACACUUGGGCUGGAAAGUGGAGGUGAUCAAGUUGCUAUAAUUAGAGCUUCUGGAAGCAUUAGCCGCACUAGGAGCCCGUUAAGUUCACCUGGAAGCAGCAUCAUUGGGGAACAGCUGAUUGAGAAGAUCCGAAGUGUUAGAGAGUCAGAAAAGUAUAAAGCUGUUAUCUUGCGUAUUGACAGCCCUGGAGGGGAUGCUCUGGCUUCUGAUCUAAUGUGGAGGGAGAUCAGACUCCUUGCUGCUGCAAAGCCAGUUAUUGCGUCAAUGUCUGACGUUGCUGCAAGUGGAGGAUACUACAUGGCAAUGGCAGCAAAUGCUGUGAUUGCGGAGAAUCUUACCUUGACUGGUUCAAUUGGUGUUGUCACAGGUAAGUUUAAUCUAAGUAGGUUGUAUGAAAGGAUUGGCUUCAAUAAGGAGAUAAUUUCAAGGGGUAAAUAUGCUGAGCUUUUGGCUGCUGAGCAACGCCCUUUUAGCCCUGAUGAAGAAGAAAUUUUUGAAAAAUCUGCAAAGAAUGCUUACGAGCAAUUCAGGGAUAAAGCAGCUUUUUCUAGAUCUAUGACGGUAGAUGAGAUGGAACAGGUUGCUCAGGGCAGAGUAUGGACCGGCAAACUUGCUACUUCUCUUGGGUUGGUUGAUGCUAUUGGCGGCUUCUCUCGGGCUGUUGCAAUUGCAAAACAAAAGGCUAAUAUACCACAAGAUAGACAGGUUAGGUUAGUUGAGAUAUCAAGACCCUCGCCAUCGCUACCUGAACUUGUCAGUAGCAUUGGAAGCUCAAUAUUUGGCUUGGAGAGAACAAUGAAGGAGAUGUUGCAGGAUGUGGCUUCAUUUGGGUCUGUUCAAGCAAGGAUGGAAGGCAUACUGUUCGAGAGACUGGAAAAGCCCGACUAUGCUAAUCCAAUUUUCUCUCUCUUAAAGGACUAUUUCAGCUCUUUCUAACCAAAUUGAUCUCAAGAUCAGGUCAGUGAAAUAGAAAUAGUUAAAGAAAUAGUGGUGCUCAUUGUAAAAGUUGUAUAGCAUCUCAUAAUAGUCAGAAUUUCUGGCAACUUCUUUUGUGAGGUUGCAUUCACAAUAUAUUAAUUCAUACACAUUCAAAAAUGAAAGGAGAAUAAUGUC